AAUAUGAGUGAAAUCAAAUUGCAAGUCGUACACAAUAAUCUAAAAUAUCUAAAUAUUAAUUAUGUUAAAAGCUUUCGGUAAUAGAUAAAAAUACCGGAAAUAUGAGAAAAAAAUUAAUGAAUUCAUAUAUAAUUGAUUUCAUAUAACUAUAUCGCCCUGAAUGAGCGAGUGGCUUUAAUUUUAGUCUUUGACAGUAAUUUUUUUGGUCAUUGAUAAACUAUUACACUAUUUUUUAUCUAUGCUGUUGCAUUGUGGCCACUGGUGCAACACUACAUUGUACACUUUUUGAACUAAUAACAUUAUCAAGAAGAAAACAAAUUUAAAAUAAAUCUCCUUCAAACCCUAUUAUGUAUUUUGCCGAUUUUUCACCAUGAUCAAAAGGUAGAAACACUAAAAGUUCAAUUUUUUAUUCAACCAACAAAAGGUUUUGGAAUUAAAAUGAUUUUUCCAGUUGAAAUCAUAGAAAAAAUAUUAAGACAAUGUAAUGGAACUACAUUAUUAAAUGCUAGAAAAGUUGAUGAAGAUUGGAAAUGUAUAGUUGAUCGUAUUUCCCAGAAAACGAAAAUUUGGGAGUGCUGUUGCAAAGAAGAAAUUCCCAAUAAUCAACUUCUAGAAUACUUACAGCAAUACAGAGAAGAUGAUUUUAAUAAGUGGUUAAAUAUAUACAUCAACUGGACUUCGUUUGAAAAUCUGGAUAGAGUAGUUUGUGACAUUAUCCUAAGUCCUGCUGAUGUUCCCAAAAUAUCUUGCAUUGCUGUUUCCAAAGAUUUUAUAGCACUUGGUACUGAAGAUGGUCGUCUCAAGAUUUAUACUAGUCAAUGGAAAAUGGUUUUCUUCGAGCGUCUUUCAGCAGUAAGAAUAAACAGUCUCAAUUUUAUUGAAAGUGAAUUUAAUGAUAGCGGAAUUGAUAUAUGUUUACUUUUUUCACAUCAAUCUGGACUUAAAAUAUUUUGUUAUGAUGGUUUUUCCUCAAAUUAUCUGGAAAUCCUAGACGUAAAAUCUCAUAGCGUUUACAAAAACUUCAUAUGCUACGAAAGAUUCGGAGGUAGAAUUACGAUAACCAAAUUGGUGAAUGUCAGUGGAGGCAGAGAGUUGUGUGAUAUUUGGUUUUCAAGAAUAUAUUCCCCGACCUGUAUAUCGUGCAUGAAUAUGUGGGAAGGCGUCUGCACCUUUUUAAUUAAUAACGAAGUUAAAGUUAUUGAAUACGGAAGUAUUGAAGGAUCUACUAUGGAUAUAAUGAAGAAAAAAACUAGUAUAUCUUUUAAUUUUCCUCAUGUAGAUAGUCAAAAUACGCAAAUAUUAAGGAAUGAUGUUAUCGUAAGUUUAUAUAGAAGUGAAGAUGAUGUUAAAUGUGAUUUAAUCGAAUUCUUUUUGCUGGGCGAGAAAAAUAAAUGCAGUAAAAAACUUUUCAGCACUUGGGAAAUUUUCAAAUGUUAUAUAACUUAUAUUUAUUUGUACGGCAACACUCUUCUUCUAGGAAUGGACGUCGGAAUAGUUUAUAUUUACCAUGUUUCCAGAUGGAAGCAUUUCGAUAUAAGGGAUUACGGACAGAAAUUGAUAAUAGGCAAGCAUCCUAUUAUUUGUAUAGACGUGAAAGAGAUGCAAAAUGAAAGAAGAUAUUAUGUAUCUUCUCGAGUAAAUAUACAUGAAAUAUCAGGAUUUUUACCAAAUGUAUAUUAAUAUUUCAAUUUUGUGCCAUCUUUGUUACAAAUUGUACAAUUAGACUAGGCUCGAAAAUUUUUGAAACCAAAAAAAAUAACAGUAGCAUUAAAUCCAUUGGAAAAGAAGUGGAAUAUGAUAAAAAUGGAAAGAAAAAUACAUUACGAGCGAUCUGAGCUCAGGAAAUACGAGAGGUGAGUUUUUAAGGGUAAAAAAAGGUUUCCAGCAAAACUAAAAAUCCUAUGGAAAAAAAUUAAAUGGCAAAUUGGUAGGUAAAAGAAAGAUCUAUAACUUUUGUAUUUACAAUUUUUUCACAUAACCUCAAAAUUUAUGUGAAUAAUUCAAAUAACCAAGUUUUUGGUUUUUUAUUUUUCUUUUUCAAAAAAUAUAUUUUUUUACGAAAUUUGGCAAAAAUGUUUAUGUCCCAAAUGCACUAUUUGAUUUAAAAUAUUCAUUUUUUUUACCUUAUUUUGACUUAUUAUUAAGAAAGCACCCUAAUUUUUAAUCGAAAAUUCAGCUUUUUUCAAAAAGUAGGUGUGCUUUUUGUUCGUUGAAAUUACUACUUUCUGAUGGUUUGAAAACAAUAUACGUUACUAUAGAAAAUGUUCAAUUUUCAAUUCAAUUGAGAUUAACUCAAAAUAAGGUAAAAAAAAUGAAUAUUUUAAAUCAAAUAGUGCAUUUGGGACAUAAAAUGGUGAGUUUUCACAAAGUUUCGUAGAAAAAAAAUAUAUUUUGAAAAAGAUAAAAAUAAAAAACCAACAACUCGAAUUUAUUUGAACUUUUCUCAUAAAUUUUGAGGUUAUGUGAAAAUAUUGUGAAUACAAAAGUUGUAAAUCUUUCUAUUACCUACAACUUUGCCAUAUAACUUUUUUCUAUAGGACUUGUAGUUUUGCCGAAAAUGGAGAUAAACCAUUUUUUACCUUUUAAAACUCACCCCUCCCACUUCCCGAACUCAUAUCACCAGCAAUUUAUUUUUCCUUCCAUUUUUAUCAUAUACCCCUUCUUUUCCAAUGAGUUUCACUCUACUACUAUUUUUUUUUCACUUUUACCACUUUUGAAGGCUUCGACCUUGGUCUAAAUUUAUGGGUUCUACAAUUAAUUGAUUUGGUGGUUACAGAAUUUUUAGAAUGGUAUCAAACAUUGAUUUAGACUUUAAUUCAUCUUAAAACUAAUAUAUUAUAACUCAGAUAAUUAAAAUACAAUGUUAUGAAUAUACUUCAUGUCAUCUUUUUCUCACAUAUUAUUACAUCACUUAUUAGUGGUUACAUUGCACUGCAACUUCAAUGUCUAUUGUGUCUCUGUUUCAGAACUGUUCUCAUGUAAAGUUUGCCUUCUAGUUCCAGUGCUCGAUGAACUCUAAUACUAUGCUAUUUAGUAGAGUAGAUCUAGGCAUCAUCCUUCUCUCAGCUUCUAUUAGAAUUAUUCAAAUCAGCUGUUUGCUGAAGAUGCUGUAAGGAAGCCAGUAAAUAGGUUCGACUACUUUGAAAUACUUUUGGGAUAUUGGGAUUGGAAAUCUUCUUAGUAACUAUUUUUAGCAAUAUCACCACUGGAAAGAAUCUUCUUCAAUUUCCUCUUUCUCCUAAAACUCUUUCUUAAUGCGUAUUACCACUUUGUACUGGUUGCCGUUCUAACUUUUGAAACAUACAAUUGGCUAUUACCAAAAGUAGUUUACUGGAACUUAACAUACAUACCAACUCAAUUAUAUAUAUCAAAUUGUCAUCAUAUAUAUUAAUUAACAUCUUUUAUAAAGGCCGCACAAAAAACUCACAUUUUGUCGAAUUUACUGAUUUGUAUCGAAUUAAUUUUUGCAUGAAAAGUAAAUCAUGUUGAGCAGCCAAAGCCUGGUCUUCAAGGAUGAUUGAACAUACGUUCAUGUGGCGUUUAUUACGAUACAUAAUAGUGUCCCGAUUCAAUAGAAUGAUUCAGUCAGUAUUUGCUGCAAUUUUUUUUACAUUAGAACAAGCUGAAUUGUUUUUCAAAUAACCUCAUUAUAUCGUUCACAUUAUCUAUACCUUAUAGGUUGUCGUACGACAUUAUUUAUGUCAGUGAUGUUUGAUUAUUGUGAAUAUAAUAGGUUUGUGUAUGAUAUCAGGAUCCGAGCGUUUUUAAAUAAAACUAAUUUGAUAUUAUUACACUACACGUAUUUAUUCUAUAUGUUCACAAAACUGCUAGGUUGGGGUCCUCAUCUGUUAUGAUACAAACACUGGCCUCAUCCCCUCAUGCCUGUUGAGCCAAUUCAUUGUUAAUUGCCUCGUACAUAGGUGACGGCACAGCUAUUAUAUUAAAUGAAUACACAAUUGAUGAUCUAUAUAUAAUACAGAUUUGAUCCAUCCUACUAGUCUGGACCUUUCGUAGAACGGUUAUAGAUAUUUUAUGCGCAAUCACCGGCUGUGCACGGUUCUGGUAACAGUACUUGCUAUCAACCAAGUAUCGAAAAGACCGUCCUGGAGAAAUCAAAAAAUCGUGAAAACAAGGACAAAUAUCGUGAGAUCUGGCAUCCCCGCGCAGCGUGUGCGUAGCGACAGCACCGCGGGGAGAACUGUUAAAACGCUUCUAUUAGUUGUACUUUUGGAGAUGUGUUUGUGGCCACUAUUACCCGGUCUUCCACUAUCUAUAUUUUAUUUAAUUUGUUUUUUGUUUAAUAUUAUUUUUGACUAAUAGAAACUGAUAAAUAUUAUGUAGUUUGUCUUGCUGUACAUGUAUUUGGAAGUUUAUCUAUCUUUUUUAUAUAUGAUUCAAUUUUUCUAAUAAUUAAAUUGUUUAAAUUAAU